GGGCUUCACUCGCCGCCUCGCGCCGGGACCGGGAACGCUGCGGAAAGCACGGGCAGUGGAGAGGGCGCUGCGCGCGGGCUACCCAAUGCAUGGACUAUCUGCCGCCGCUGCUCGUGCAAUAUGCUGGAGCUCCAGAACAGCUAAACGGAGUCGCCACACCACUGCCUGGGCUGGAUCGCAGCGCUGCCUUUCCUUAUGAAGAAGACACAAACUUGGAUUAUCACUUGCAUUUAUCUUCAACUGCUUCUAUUUAAUCCUUUCGUCAAGACCAAAGGGAUCUGCGGAAAUCGUGUGACUAAUAAUGUAAAAGACGUUACAAAAUUGGUGGCAAAUCUUCCAAAAGACUACAUGAUUACCCUCAAAUAUGUCCCCGGGAUGGAUGUUUUGCCUAGUCAUUGCUGGAUAAGUGAGAUGGUAGUACAAUUGUCAGACAGUUUGACUGAUCUUCUGGACAAGUUUUCAAAUAUUUCUGAAGGCUUGAGUAAUUAUUCUAUCAUAGACAAACUUGUGAAUAUAGUGGAUGAUCUUGUGGAGUGCGUGAAGGAAAACUCAUCUAAGAAUGUAAAAAAAUCAUCUAAGAGCCCAGAACCUAGGCGCUUUACUCCUGAAGAAUUCUUUCAAAUCUUUAAUAGAUCCAUUGAUGCCUUCAAGGACUUUAUGGUGGCAUCUGAAACUAGUGAUUGCAUUAUUUCUUCAACGUUAAGUCCUGAGAAAGAUUCCAGAGUCAGUGUCACAAAACCAUUUAUGUUACCCCCUGUUGCAGCCAGCUCCCUUAGGAAUGACAGCAGUAGCAGUAAUAGGAAGGCCGUAAAUCCCAUCGGAGACUCUAGCCUACAAUGGGCAGCCAUGACAUUGCCAGCUUUCUUUUCUCUUAUAAUUGGCUUUGCUUUUGGAGCCUUAUACUGGAAGAAGAAACAGCCAAAUCUUUCAAGGGCAGUUGAAAAUAUACAGAUUAAUGAAGAGGAUAAUGAGAUAAGUAUGUUGCAAGAAAAAGAGAGAGAGUUUCAAGAAGUGUAAUUGUGGCUUGUAUCAACACUGUUACUUUCGUACAUUGGCUGGUAACAGUUCAUGUUUGCUUCAUAAAUGAAGCAGCUUUAAACAAAUUCAUAUUCUGUCUGGAGUGACAGACUGCAUCUUUAUCUGUUCUUGCUACCCAUGACUUUAUAUGGAUGAUUAAGAAAUUGGAACAGAGUGUUUUACUGUGAAACUGGCACUGAAUUAAUCAUCUAUAAAGAAGAACUUGCAUGGAGCAAGACUCUAUUUUAAGGACCUGGGGGACUGGUGGUCUCGUGUAGAACUUGGAACUGAUGUUGGAAGAGAAAGCACGUGUGUCAGACUGCACGCACCAUUUGCAUGGCUCCAGAAAUGUCUAAAAUGCUGAAAAACCACCUAGCUUUAUUCUUCAGAUACAACCUGCAGCCUGUAGUUAUCCUGGUCCCUGCAACUAGAUUUCAGCCUGCAUAGUAGGGAUAAUAAUUUUUCUUGAAGGGAUCUAGAAAAUAAAUUUAAAACUCAGUAGCAUCAGCCACUGUAUGGCGUAGAAAGCAGUGGGAACUAAGUGAUUGGAGUUGGCAACACGUCAGCAUUGUAGUUGCUGAUUAACGAUAUGAGUCUCGAUCUCUUCCUGAUGUAAACCAUGCUCACCCAUAUCCCACUAAACAAAUGGACACGGCUGCCUGGUUCUAUCCAUGCCGGGGAGCCAGUUACUGAAUUACACCUUGGCACAGGGGAGAUUCUCUGAAAGAGUCAUCGCAGGAAGAAGCUGUGAAUACUGAACAGCAGAACAGUCUACUGAAAAGGACAUUUGGCACCCCUGAGGAAGUCUGCCUGUUCCCUUGGCCACUAUAGAACUAUAGAGUGUAUAAAUCAUGUUUGCAAAAUAUGUUAUGACAUGUUUAUAUUCGAAAACUAUUACUGAGCUAUGUAAAGGGACUUAGGAGAAAAUGCUGAAUGUAAGAGGGUCCCAUUUUCAAUUUCCACCAUGGGAAAUAAUAAAAAUAAAUUAUGAUAUUUAGUAUCUAAGGUUAGAAAACCACACCCACAUGCUAAUAUGGGUGUUGAAAAAAACUGGGUUACUUGGCUUUUACAGGAACGCAAGGAAUCGGGAGACUUUAGUUAUUUAUAGUAUAAUCACCAUUAUCUCUUUAAAGGAACCAUUUAUUUAAAAUCAGGCACUCUAUAUUAUUAAGGUUUAUAAAUUAAAAAUAAAAAGAAAGCUUUAUGUAGUUAUGCAUGUCAGUUUGCUAUUUAAAAUGUGUGACAGCAUUUGUCACAUUAAGAGUAAAUUUGGCAGGAAUUCCUAAGAUGGACACUGUACUUUUAAACUAGAACUUGUAAAACAUUAUGUGAUAUCCCUUGCCAAUUUUUUUUGAUAGUGAAAGGAACAUCUGACUAAAGUCAAAGAAUGAUUUUUUUUUUUUUUGGUUUAUUCUGUUGAAGGUUCUUUUAACAUGUAACAUGUCAGGAAUGUACACCUAAAGGAAUUCAAAGCUCUCCAUUCUAAUUUAAUCUUUGUGAUAUUAUUAUUGCCAUGUACAACCAUAAGAUGGCAAUUUUCAAUACAGUAAUACAAAAGGGCAUGAAAAACUGACUUCUAGCUUUCCUUUAAUUUUAAAAGUCCAAGAAUUUCUAGUAUAGCUGGAUUUUAGCUUAAGUUCAAAGCUAAUCCAAACCAACUCCAAUAAGAGUGGCCUUUGCUCUUUUUUAUACCAAAGAGCCAAGAUAAUGUGCUGUGGUUCCUUAAACACUAGUCGUUUCUCUAAGACACAACCCAGGUGCUUUGGGAAGCCACAUUAACUUGUUCAGGCCCUCCGAUAUCCCAUGGUACAAUUGAUUAGUAAUAAAACCAGAGAUCAGUUUAAUUGCUGAAAGGUCCUGUGUCAGUGUAUGGCACUGAUUGUUUUGAAGAAUAAAGACAUAGAUUAAUUGGAGUUAUGUGUGUAGGUUAUGUAUAGAUUGAGAAGUCUGAUACUUCUCAAUCUAAUGGUUUGAUUUCUUUAACCAAUGGUUUCAAUUUACUUGGGCAUAUGAAAAUGCUGUUUAAUACACUUGAGAGUACAAUAAAUGUACUUUGUUCUCAAAGCUAGUAGCUGAGUUUUAACACCCAAGGACAUGGUCUUAACCAGUGGAGUUAAAUAAACAAGUUCAGUAAGUUAUGAAAUCUGACAUGAUAGGGGAGGGGAGAUGUGUCCUGCCUAUUAAAUAUAUUGGUUCAUUGCCAAUUUUUAAAAUUCAAUAAAGUGCAUGAACAAUAGAAAAAUGCUGAACAUUAUUUUGGAUGCUAACUGCUUGGACAUUAACUAUGUCAUAUCUGCUUUGAGAUAAAUAUAAACAUAUAUAUAUUUGCUUAUUUUAUCCCAGAUGUGUUCUGAAUAUCCUUCAUAAAUCAUGGAAAACUCACAGCUGAGAUAGUAAACCAUGAAAUCUCCUUUUCAAUUGGUGCCAUGUAUCUGAUUGUUCUCUCUUGCAAUGUUUCAAAAUCACCUUUUAAAAUGAUCUCAGAAGUCUAUAGAUUCUAAAUUAUACUGAAAGCUUUGUUUCUCCCUCUUUGGUAGAAACCAAGUCUGUAAAGAAACUGGCUCUGUGAUAAAUGAUGCCUGCCUGGUGAUCUCAAAGUUUUCCUGGAUAUUGUAUUAUAAUCUAACAUGCUUACCACACUGCCGAUUUUUAAUGAGUCAAAGGCAAAUUGAUUUUUUCAAUAUGAUAAUAGAACAAGUAACCUAUACUCUGAAAAAGGAUUACAGAUGUGAAAAAUAACAAUAUAUGAAAAAGUGUGUGUACAUAAUGAAGUAUUUCUUUUUAGUUAAGAAUUAAGUACAUUUCAUUGAGCAUUAAAGUACUUUGGAGAAACUUUGUGGCACAUUUUAGUACUCCAAUUGAAGUUGUAAAUGAACAGAAAAAUCCAUUCAGAAAUCAUGGAUUUUUUUAAAUGUUUUUCUGCAGCUAAGUUUAAUUCCAAUAUGGGGAUUUUAGCCAUUCCAUAUCUAGUCUUCUUUAAGAAAUAUAUUCUUCAAAAAGGCAUUUUGACAUAGUGGGAUGGAUGUUGGGAAAUAUUAUCAGAAACCUCCAACUGUCAUUUACUCAUAUGGUAAAUCACGUCCCCUCUUUGGAUCUCAAUUUUUUAUUUAUCUGUAUGGUAAACUCGGAAUACACUCUUUAGGGGUGAGCCCUGUUUCUAUAUGACUGACAAAGAAGAUAAAAUAGAGCUGAAACUAUCCCAUGCAAAAUAUUCAAAUCUACUCCUGUGAAUAAGUAUCUUGACCAUAAAAAGUUGUUGAUGUUCUUGUUUCUAAUGUAAAUAGGGUCCAUUAGUAAAAGUGAAAUUCAGUCUCCAGUAGUGUGAAUUGGAAAACCAUUUACACAAGAGAUGGCUUUUUCCUUUGCUUAAAUAAACGUUUUGGAUCACCUCUGAAGAAUGAAAACCAGUAGUACCUUUUAUUCAUUUUAGCCAAGACGAGAUACUGUAAGAUGUGUGUAACAUUUGGAAAUGAACCAAAUUAAGCAUUUAAAUGUUCUCAUUUUAUUGAAAGCUAAUGUAAGACAUUCAUAAAGUUUUUGAAUGCCAGAAGAUAUAUUAGAACCUAUUUAUAAAGGGGUAAUCCACAAAUUACAUUUUAAAAUUGGAAAGUGGGAUAAGAAUUUUAAAGUAAGCCAGCUUAUCCUUGAAACAAUAUUAUUUUGAAAUUGACUUUAAGAUAGAACCAUUCAGAUAGAAAUUCUAAUUAGUUCAUUUGUGGAAUUUGAUCACACAAUUCAUGGUGUUGGUGUUUUCCAUUAACUAGUCUUGAAAUGCCUUUAUUUGUAAAGAUCAAGUAACAGUUUCUUUUCAUAACAAGGUGUUGUUUCAGAAAUAAUCCAUAUUCAUGUGGAUAUUUAUGAUCCUAAAAUGUUUGCUAAGCAUUAUAAAUUUAUUUAUAACUGCCAUCUCCAAUUACAUCCUUAUGAUGUUUUUUAAAAAAUAAAAUUAAGAUAAUUAUUUAUACUAAAAACCAUGGUGUUUUCAAAUACUUGAUUUCUGAGUUACAAGACUCACUAAAUACAAUUUUUCAAUCAAAAUAUCCUAUUCUCCUAUAUUCUAAGGAUUAGUAUGUGAUUAUAGUGUCUACUUGUCACCAUUUUUAAAUCAAUGGACUUGAAAAGUAUUCAUUUAGAUGGAUGCACAGUAUAUAUAUCCCUAGUUCAGUCAUAGAUUGGAGUUUGCAUAUCGUAAUGUAAAUGUAUGUCAACACUAUUCUAAAUAGUUUUAUUACAACUGAAGUUUAAUUAAAUAAAAAAGGUUGUAAAAUGUGAUGUGUAUGUGUAUAUACUGUAUGUGUACUUUUUAAAAUAGGUAUAUGUCCUGACCCCUUUUUUAUACAGGUUUGAAUUUGAAAUUACAUUAUAUAUACAUAUACUUUAUUGUUCUAAAUAAAGAAUUUUAUGCACUCUCA